GCGAUUCGUCGUUUGUUCGUGGGCCGGGACGGGAGGUAGAAUGUACGGACCCGCGGGAGCCGGUCUGUCAGGAUCGCGCAGGCGGCCCGGCGCCGGUGGCGCGCUCCCUAAACACACCGAGCGGAGCCUGGCGUCGGCGGUGCCGGGCGCGCUGUCGGUGACAGCGCUGUGCACGGCGCUGGCGGAACCGGCCUGGCUGCGCGCCCACGGGGGUACGUGCCCGAGGCAGGAGCUUGGGGUCGCGGAUGUGCUGGGACGCCUGGACUCGGCUGUGCUGGAAGAUUAUUGUAUGAACCCUCAGACUGUGCUAUUGCUACGGGUCAUUGGUGCCUUCUGUUUCCUGGGGAUCCUUUGUAGUUUGUCUGCUUUUCUACUUGAUGUGUUUGGACCAAAGCAUCCAGCAUUGAAGAUAACCCGUAGAUAUGCUUUUGCUCAUAUUCUCACAGUUCUCCAAUGUGCCACAGUGAUUGGGUUCUGUUACUGGGCAUCAGAGUUGAUCCUUGCACUUCAGCAGCAGCAUAAGAAAUACCAUGGAUCCCGUGUCUACGUGACCUUUGCAGUUAGCUUUUAUUUGGUGGCGGGAGCUGGAGGAGCAUCCAUCUUGGCGACGGCUGCUAAUCUUCUGCGGCACUACCCGACAGAGGAAGAGGAACAAGCACUGGAACUGCUGUCAGAAAUGGAAGAGAAUGAACCGUACCCAGUGGAAUAUGAGAUUGUCAACCAGUUCCAGCCUCCCCCUGCAUACACACCCUGAGUAUCAGGACACAUCACUCUUUUCUCAUCUUAAAUCUCACUUCACUUGACUCUUGGAACUUGUCCCUUCUGUUCAGUGAAAUUCUUCAUCUCGAACAGCUGCCUCCAACCCCUGGUCAUCCUUGCAGUUCUGCUCGUACUUGGGGCCAGAAACUAUGGUUAUCCCAAAGCUACAGGUCUGUUGGUUGCUGUGCUCACUUGCUCCUUCCUGAUGGAUGACAAGAGACCUUCUUGCAGGGGUUGGAGUUCUCAACUGUGUUAUCAUACUUCAGAGGCAGUAUCUUUUUAACUUGGAUAGGCUGAAUUUUAACAUUUGUAAAAGUUAAACAUUUUAUAUACCUUUUUUUAACCUUUUCUCUUUUACAGUGCUUUAAAUAAACUAGAAUCAUGCGGUGCUUUUGUUAUUCCAUUAUUUACUACACUUGACAAGUACUUUAUAAAUUCCUCAACUUUUACAAGUCUGUAUUAUUUAACAUUCUUUUAAAGAAUUGUAUGUAAAUAUUUUCUGCCCAUGAUUCUCUAUGGCAAGUUGCAUGCCAGUCAAAAGGAUACUGUCUCUGACACUUUCUCUUUUUCACUGAGCUCCAGCUCACUGUGACACCUGUGUUCACUCACUCACUACUGCAUUUCUCUCCUUCCUGAUUUAACUCCAGAGAAUACCUUCCAUUGAUUCAGUCAGAUAAGUGCCAUCACUAAGUUGAUGGGAACCUAUUAGCAGUUUGUGGGGAUUAGGGUUUACAACUAUUCACAAUAUGGACUUAUCGAAUUUUUCAGUGAGCAUCAAGCUGUUGAGCUGAGCAGUUGGCAAUAAUUACUACUUAAAAUUUGACUACUGGCAUUGCUGCAAGUGUCUAUUACCCUUCCCUACUCCCAUUUUGGAUAAGAGGAAGAAAGCACUUUAUCAGAUUUAAGGUAAUAUUGUGGUUAGAAUAAUACAACAAAGCAACAUGAAUUCAUGGAGCAGCUUUAAUGUUGUGAAUCAUCAUAAGCUGCUUCUGAGGAGUGUUAUCAGGCAAAACUUUACACCAAGCCAUUUCGGGAUAUAUUAUAACAGGUAAGCGACAGCUUGGUCAAAGAGGUAGAUUUUAAAAGAAAACGGAUGGCAAAUGUUGAGGGAGGGAAUUCUAGACUUUCCCUUGAGAGCACAUUAUAAACCUGUUACUUACAUAAAUGAAAACAUCAGUUAGUGUAAAGGAAUAUCAACACUAUACAAGGUGAUAUCACUUCAGUAGUUUAUCAAAUGCGAUGUGUUGAUACAUAACAGGGCCUUUGGAAGCAAAUCAGCAUCAGGGACUCUACCGUAUUUUACUGACUAGAGUGACUGGUGUAUCAACUGAAGUUGGAGCUUCUUAUGUGUUGUACUGGUUCAGAGUAUACAAGGUGAAAAUUUUAUCAUGAAGCUACGACAGACCGACACUAGCUGGUCAUGUCAUUGUAAUUGUUUUACACUGUGGUUGAGUCUCAUCUUAGUAAAAUUGGAUAUGUGAAGUUGGCCCUGUGAAUUCCUCUUUGGAUCUGGAAAACAAUGUGUUAUCGGCAGUGUAUCCAUUCAAGUGCAACACCCUCACUCCCUUAAUACAAAUGAACUGUAGAUUUUGGUAGACACUCUGCCCUGUCACUGCAAAAUUGGACUGGUUGCAUGGACAGGUCAGUGCUGUGAUGUGCCUCACUGGUUGAUGUACCAGAUCAGACCUGUUUGUCAAUCAAAAAUGAGUGUGCCCAUGACAAAUACAUUUUUUGUACAGCCAGCCUGUCACUGGAGAAUGAUCUGUUAACCUCACAGUUCCUUCCAAAAAUAUUUUGUCAUUACUUCCUGACAUUCUUGCUGCCUAACCAGUGACUGGAAGUAAAUGACAGAUAUUGAAAUGGAAAAGGGCAGGCUUUAUGCAGCUAAGCUCCAUUAUGUUACUCCCAAACAGUCCCUACAGGCACUUUAAAUGAAGGAAAUUGGGAGGGUGAACAUUAAGGUAUAACAGUGAGGAAAAUUGGAUUUAAAAAAAUGAAGCCAACAUACAUACAUACAGAAUGCUUCAGUUGUGUGGAACAAAACUCUGAACAAUCACUGACAGGAUAAAUACAAUUAGACAUACGAACUGAAGGUUGUUGAGUAAAUUUCUAUCACAGCAUCAAUUUUCCAGAUAGCAACAACACCCUCUAUCCCUGACUCGAGGAGAAAGUUUAUCUACCAUUUCCCACAACUUUGUAAAGAGAAAAGUACUCAGUCUUCUCAUUGAAGAAUCGCUUUGAUUGACAGCAGUCAGAAAAAAAGUAGUCACAGUGCCAAAUCCUUUGCAUGCUGUCUACUAAAUCAAUGCAUCAGAGACAAAAGAAAAUUCAAGAUGAAUUGUGCUGUGGAAAGUUUGUCUGAAGUCUGUGUCUGUACAGCUGAUCACUUUUAAUAAAUGUUUUACCAGCCAAAAA